UAUCUUUUUUAGUACGUGGCCAGCCGACAGGCGCUUGUCGGAGUCGAGCACUUGAGUCCCCUUCUCUCCUUCCCUUCACCUCCCGAUUGCCGCCGCCACCACCAGGCACCAGGCCCACCACCGCGUCUCCCAACCCCAAGCACUCGACGCCAUGGUGUCGGAUGCCAGCAAGAAGAAGGCCGCCCAGAAGAAGGCCGCCGCGGCUGCCAAGAGGGGAGGCAAGGCCGCGGCGGCGUCCUCCUCGUCGUCGUCUGCGGCCGCGGCCGCGGCCGUCGACAAGGCGGCGAACGGCGUCGCGGCGCUCAAGCUAUCGGACCGGACCUGCACCGGCGUCCUCGCGUCUCACCCGCUCUCCCGCGAUAUCCACAUAGAGUCUCUCUCUUUAACAUUCCAUGGGCAUGACCUUAUUGUGGAUUCUGAGUUGGAGCUGAACUACGGGAGGCGAUACGGUUUGCUUGGGUUGAACGGCUGUGGGAAAUCUACUCUUCUCACAGCAAUAGGCUGCAGAGAACUUCCUAUCCCUGAACACAUGGACAUAUACCAUCUAAGCCAUGAGAUUGAAGCUUCUGACAUGUCCGCACUGCAAGCUGUUGUUACUUGUGACGAAGAAAGAGUGAAAUUGGAAAAGGAAGCUGAAAUUUUGGCUGCACAGGAUGAUGGUGGUGGUGAAGCUUUGGAACGUGUUUAUGAGCGUCUAGAUGCAAUGGAUGCUGGAACUGCAGAAAAGCGGGCUGCUGAAUUAUUAUUCGGUCUGGGCUUUAACAAACAAAUGCAGACAAAGAAAACUAAAGAUUUCUCUGGAGGUUGGCGUAUGAGGAUUGCUUUGGCAAGAGCACUUUUUAUGAAUCCAACGAUCCUUUUGCUUGAUGAGCCCACAAACCAUCUAGAUCUUGAGGCUUGUGUCUGGUUGGAAGAGACACUGAAGAAAUUUGACCGCAUACUUGUUGUCAUAUCACACUCUCAAGAUUUUCUAAAUGGAGUGUGCACUAACAUUAUCCAUAUGCAAAGCAAGAAGCUCAAGUUAUACACUGGUAACUACGAUCAGUAUGUUCAAACUCGCUCUGAGCUUGAAGAGAAUCAAAUGAAGCAGUACAAAUGGGAGCAGGAACAGAUUGCUUCAAUGAAGGAGUACAUUGCUCGCUUCGGUCAUGGUUCUGCAAAGCUUGCUCGUCAGGCUCAGAGCAAAGAGAAAACUCUUGCAAAGAUGGAGCGAGGUGGUCUCACAGAGAAGGUUGUUAGGGACAGAGUUCUAGUGUUCCGGUUUACAGAUGUUGGCAAGCUUCCUCCGCCCGUGCUUCAAUUUGUUGAAGUCAAGUUUGGGUAUACACCAGAUAAUCUCAUAUACAAGAGCCUUGACUUUGGUGUUGAUCUUGACUCUAGAAUCGCAUUGGUUGGUCCCAACGGGGCAGGGAAGAGCACUCUUCUGAAGCUUAUGACUGGUGACCUUGUUCCAUUAGAUGGCAUGGUUCGGCGCCACAAUCACCUGCGCAUUGCGCAGUACCAUCAGCAUCUGGCGGAGAAGCUGGACCUGGACAUGUCAGCCCUGGCUUACAUGAUGAAGGAAUACCCUGGGACUGAAGAAGAAAAGAUGCGUGCCGCUGUUGGCAGGUUCGGCCUGUCAGGAAAGGCGCAGGUGAUGCCGAUGAAGAAUCUUUCUGAUGGGCAAAGGAGCCGCGUCAUCUUUGCAUGGCUGGCAUAUAGGCAGCCGCAACUGCUACUGCUUGAUGAGCCGACAAACCAUCUGGAUAUCGAGACCAUUGACUCACUGGCAGAGGCGCUGAAUGAGUGGGAUGGUGGUUUGGUCUUGGUGAGCCACGAUUUCAGGCUGAUCAACCAGGUCGCUCAGGAGAUCUGGGUGUGUGAGAAUCAAGAGGUGACAAGGUGGGAAGGCGAUAUCAUGGAUUUCAAGGCACACUUGAAGAGCAAGGCUGGUUUAUCUGAUUAGAAUGCUUUUCUAGUAACCAUGAACUUUUUAACUCUGUAUGAUGAAGUCCCUGUUUUACAGUAGCGAACUAUCAAAUAUACUGUUAGGGAUAGUUUGGUAACUACAAAUCCGGAGGGGGUUGGAGGGGCUAGAAUCCCCUUCUUAUUCAAUUUUGAAUAAGUCUAUUCUCUCCAAUCCUCUCCGGUUUUCUGGCUCCCAAACUAACCCCUUCGGGAUUGAAGGGUAUUGAAGAGGAAAUUAGUUCAUUUCCACCUUAAUUCCCUCCCAAUCCCGAAGGGGAUUUGAGGUUCACAAAGUAGCGAAUGUGUCAGACUCCUACUUCCCUCGCAACCAUACUACCUUGUACUACCUGAAAUUUUUAUUUAUAUAUAUAUUUGAAAUGUUAUUAUGUGUUC